UCCUUUGUGAAAGAGUUGUCAAAGUUGACCAAAAGGGAGGCGAUUUUUCACAAUAACACUCUGACGAAAAAAGUUCAGCUGUUCGGGGUCUCUCCCAGAUCACUACACGCGCUUCUGAAGGACUUCACUGAUUUGGAUUAAAUUUUCUCCCGGUGUUGGAAACGCGGUCCGCUGACACGGUUUAAUGCAGUUGUACGGACGGUGGACGUCUGUGGCGCCUGUGAGUCAGGAUAGAUCUCGACUCCCAGUGAUCCACUAUUUUCCACUUUAAUGGUAUUGGAAAUCAGAUUUGGCACACACCAAGACGACCCGCUAAUGGCACACGUUCUCUUGUUACCCCUCAAAGCAUAAACGUGCCCUACUUCCUCAAUCUCUGCGCUUUCCUUUUGUUUCUGCGGAUGACAUCAUGGAGCUCUGUGGUCUAAGUGUAUUAUCGAUGGACGGCAGCGCUCUAGAUCUGAAGUCUGUGAGGUCACCGUGUCAUUUCCAAAGGAAUGUGAAGCCAUUUUAAUGCGUCUGAUUGCAGCCACCACUGGAGAGCCUUGACUCAACAUGCAGGGGCGGCCCAGGCAGGCCCAGCAGCAGCAGCUAGGAUGCCUAUCACCCAAGAAAAUGCCCUGAGCCAUCUACCUCUGCUGGAGAACUGGCUCUGGGCACAAGAAAAGGACAGAGAUGAGGGCAGUGAGCCUCAGGUGAGCACAGGCGGGGUUUGCAAGGCCGCCAUCCGCAAGCUUGUGGAAUAUAUUCAGCUAAACUUUGCUGAAGUUGAGAGUCCUCUGUACAGUAGCAGCCAAUUCAGAGAGGAAAUCGAUGCUGAGGUGAAGGCGGUCUACUUGAACAAGUCUGAGGAAGAUGGACCGGAGUUUGGGCUCAGCUUUGGAAAUAUUCCCAUUUUUGGAGACCCCGAGGGAAAGAAGAAAGGGGUCAGGAGGAGGCGCAGGAAGGGCGAUAAAGGCCCUGUCUUGGACGUCGGGUGCAUUUGGGUGACUGAGGUGAAAAAGAACAGCCCAGCGGCCCGUUGUGGAGAUAUCAAACUGCGAGAUGAGCUUCUGUCACUGAACGGACAGUUGAUGGUUGGGGUAGAUGUCACCGGAGCCAGUUACUUGGCGGACCAGUGCUGGAAUGGAGGCUGCAUCUACCUGAUCAUGUUGCGAAGAAUUAAACGCAAAGCUCCUCUCCCUCCAUGCAAUGGCAGCGGGGGCAACUCCGUGGACGUCUCUAAUGAGCACCGGCGCAAUGUCUCCUCCGAGCUUGCAGGCAGCCCCACACAGAAUGGACAGAACGGCAAACGAACUCGCAAAUUUGGCGUCAUUUCCCGUUCCUCAUUCACUCGCGACAGCAAAGACAGUAAAGAUAGCCGGGACUUUGAGCAUGAGAAUGGCUACAGCUCCAUGGAAGCAGAGGUCACGUCCCCAGAGAGCAGCACCCCUCAGGACACACCGACCGAUGAGAGACCAGUCGUUGGCUCCUCAGUGCUGAUGUCCAAUCACAUGAAGGUGGGAAGCACUGCCACCCUACCCAGCCGGUCCCACUCACGCCUGUCCGAAAGUUACAAAACUGAGUCGAUAAGCAGUGAACCUUCCGGUCAGCCCCGUGAGGGCAGCCGGAUCUGGAAGAUGCACAUGGUGAAGGGUCAGGACGGGCUGGGUAUCCAGAUCACGGGCGGGCGAGGGUCCAAGCGCUCUCCUCACGGUAUCAUCGUGGCCCACGUGGAGGAGGGAGGAGCCGCACAAAGAGAUGGCCGUCUGAAAGCAGGUGACGAGUUACUGAUGAUAAACGGUCAUUCCCUGGUAGGACUCUCACACCAGGAGGCUGUGGCCAUCUUGCGGUCCACUGCUGGACUCGUGCAGCUGGUAGUGGCCAGCAGGGAUGAAUCCGAAGUGGACUUCCACAAGUACCCGUCCACCAGCUUGCCCGACCUAGUGAGCACGUGCUCUGGUCCGGACGCCUCUCCCUCCCCUGGGGAGGAGAAGGAGAACAUGGAGCCGGAUGUGGAGGACGUGAGGGCCAGCAGCCUUUCACUGCCCACCCAGGACUUGUUUACAGAUUUUGACAGACUGGAGGAACGUGGCAGGAUUGAGGGUCCCAAGGGAUGUUGCCGAAGCCCCACACCAAUGAAGUUCCGUAGCAGAUCUCAAGGUGGAGGAAGCCGCCUGGAAUCUGUUGGUGAAGAUGAUGAGCUAAUUGUGGAAAACGGUGAUGCAGGAAGUGAUGUGGCAGAAAAGCCAGCGCGAGGAGGACGCAAACAUUCCCUCCCGCAGCAGCUGGAUACAGUUGGGAUUCGACAGGAAUAUCAAAUUGUGAAGAAAUCGGCUCGUUCCCUGAGCACUGUUCAAGUGGAAUCGCCAUGGCGACUGGCACAGCCAUCCAUAAUCUCCAACAUUGUCCUAAUGAAAGGACAGGGCAAGGGUCUCGGCUUCAGCAUUGUCGGUGGGCAGGAUUCAGCCCGGGGGAGGAUGGGUAUAUUCGUCAAGACGAUUUUCCCCAGUGGAGCAGCUGCAGCAGACGGGAGACUGAAAGAAGGUGAUGAGAUAUUGGAAGUGAAUGGAGAGUCUCUCCAAGGCCUGACGCACCAGCAGGCCAUUCAGACCUUCAAGCAACUGAAGAAGGGAGUGGUUACCCUAACUGUGCGAACCCGUCUGAGGAGCCCAAGUCUUACACCCUGUCCUACUCCCACCCUACUCAGCAGAUCCAGCUCUCCAAACUCAAAUGCCAGUGGUGGGACUCCAGUCCCUCCUAGCUUUGAAGAUGGGGACUCUCGUAAGGGACCUGGUCCCAAAGAUCGCAUUAUCAUGGAGGUUACACUGAACAAAGAGCCAGGUGUUGGGCUGGGUAUCGGUGCCUGUUGUCUAACACUGGAAAACAGCGCUCCUGGGAUCUACAUCCAUAGCUUGGCUCCAGGAUCUGUUGCCAAAAUGGAUAGCAGACUCAGUCGAGGAGACCAGCUCCUGGAAGUGGACUCUGUGAGCCUGAGACAUGCAGCAUUGAGUGAAGCUUAUGCUAUCCUGAGUGAAUGCGGACCCGGCCCAGUCAGCCUCAUCAUCAGCCGACAUCCAAACCCCAAGGUGUCUGAACAGGAGAUGGAUGAAGUGAUCACUCGCUCCACUCACAGAGAUAGUCAUUCUUCCCACACGCUUGGCCUGCCGUCAAAGAGCCCAUCUCCCACUGUUAAAGUCAAGCAGGGUGAGAGUAAUCCUGCUCUCAGCUGGACCAUGAAGAGAUUCCUUGAGCCAGCCAGCAGGCAAGGCUCGCUGAGUUCAGAGGCAGAGCUCUCUCAGUAUUUCUCGGUUCACGAUGUCCCCAGCCAUUCUUCCCUUUCUGAGACCAUGGCGAUGGGAUCUAGUGAUGACGACAUGCUGCAUAGUAGCAGGAGCUGUAAUACGUCUGUGGAGGAAUCAGCAACACCUCAGUCACAUGCAGUCUAUCAGGAUUGCUCCUAUAAAGCUUCAGAGAGUAGUCCCACAACCCCAGAAUGCUGUAAAGCCUCUGGAGGAGGUGGUCGCACCGCAGACACACCCCAACAGGCCAGCGUGGGCAGCAGUCCGAGUUCUGUCCGCAGCCCGCUUCUUCGCCAGCGUCGGGUCAUCUGCUAUGAGGAUGAGCCCAGCGACGACGAAACAGGCCUUGCAGAGGACAGUGGGCCUUUCCGUUGCCGCCUUCGCGGGGUCUCAGAUGGCAGCCACAACCACCAUCAAGAGGAAGACUCUGGUAUCGUAAUAGCCACGUCAUCUCUCGAGGUUGAUGAUGAAAGCCAGGAUAGCAGUGAGAGCCACAGACAGAUCGACAGCGAACCAGCAACGCCAAUCUAUGGCAGCUCGCUCGAAUCUGAGGAAGGACCUAGUGGCCCACCUAGCGCCGAAUCUCCCUUCAUGCCUAUUCGCUGUAUGGAGACAGCCGGAGGAACAAACCUGGGCAUCAAAAAAGAUCCACAUCGAGAAGGGCAGGAGGUCAAACGCUCACCCAAGCUGGAGCACAAAGCCGUGACUCGUGUCAAAAGCAUGAUGAGCAUUGAGUGCCCCAACCCUCCACAAAAAGCCAAGGGUGAAGAACCGGCUUUACUCCCGGCAGCCGCUGCCCAGGUUACGCAGAACAGCACACGGCCACCUUGCAAGAUGCUACACUGCAAGAAGGGGGAAUCCAGCGAGUUAGCAGGGGUCUGCACCAUUGAGACAGUAGUGCUCCAGCGUAGUGAGAACGAGUCUUUUGGUCUGGAUCUGGAGAUUAAGUCCGCUCCACUUAAGGUGCUGAUCACAGGACUGAGACUGGGAGGUGUUGCAGAAAGGGAAGCCUCAGGGAAGAUGAGCGUUGGUGAUGAGAUUGUAACAAUUGGUGACACUCCCGUGUGUACAUCCACCUAUCAGGAGAUCUGUGACCUCAUGCACAACCUGCCAAUCACAUUAACCUUAGAGAUAAAAAAGCCAGUCUCAGCUGUAGAUCGACUUUCCAGCCUGAUUAUGUCUUCUGGCUGUGAGGGCCCAUCUAAAAUUGAGACACCUAGACCUCCAGAAGAAAGGAAUAAUAUGGACAAAACUAUAGUUGCGGCCCAAGAAAACCUUUUAUCAGAAACAAAUGCGAAAGAGGCAUUAGCAAUCCACAGCAGCAGCAUUCCCAUCACUAACAUUGAUGAUGUCAUAACUGAACUGACCUCAGCAGAAAGCAAAGAAAAAGACAAAAGUGUCUUGGAUUCCACAGACGCAAAUGUAAGGACAGAAGAGUGCAGUGAAGUAGAUGAGAGAGGGACUGCAGCGCAAUCUCAACCUAGCCUCUCGGAUUUCUCUGCCCUAGAUGUUGGGAAUAGCACUUCCCAUUUUUCUGUAGGAAAGACGUUUUUAAAUAAUUACUCAAGGAACUUUAGUAACCUGGGAGAGGAUGUUGACUCUCUAGAGAAAGGACAUGAAGAAAAACCAAGUAUGUACAGUCUGGUGGAAGAUAGUGACUCUGAAAGUGACUCUGCAGAUAGUGCUGUCAAAGUAGAGUCGUCUCAAGGUAACUGUGAGGAUCCUCAGGACACCGACUCAGAUGAGGAAGAAGUUGAGCUCUGUUACAGCACUGUCAGUCAGCCUGCAUUCAGCCAAUCAGAGGCCAAUAGAAAAAGCAUGGCCAAUUGCCACACUGUUGAAAUUCUUGCUAGUGGAGUCAUACUUGCUAGUAUGGAUCGCCACAACCCUCUGUCACUCACAAUGCAAGACAAGGAUCCAAAAGAGAAUCAUACUGUCUCUGAGUUACCAAAUCAACUUUGUCCUCAAGUUUCAGCUGAUGAUCUCCUAAAUGGGGAGAGUGGACACACUGCCACACAGAGAACACCAUCAAACUGCAAAACUGAUGAAAAAUGUGAAACCAUUUCAAAAGCGGUUUCUUUUCCCACUGUUACUCAGGGCAUUAGUCAUGUCACCCCAAGAAGUCAAGAGAGGACAACUAAGUUGCACUCAGAUGCAUCUCUGUCAGAAGAGAAAAACAAUACUGGGCAAGUGACACUGGGGUCUACUGUGUCACAACCCAAGGCAUUAAAUGGUAAAACUAGUGGACAGGCCUCCUCAAUAGUUGUUCCAAAAGACAAGGAGAGAGAGAAAGUUAAUCCUUUACUUGACUUUAAAUCAUCAUUUUCCCAAACCCAGAGUAAAUCUAAUUGUGUCAGAUCUUUGGGAACUAAAUCCCCAAAUGACAACCCCGUCUCUCCCCUGCUGAGAAGUAGACUCAAAGUUGAUGAUAAAAAGUCAAAUACCUCAUCUAAACUUAAGGGUCUGAGUAUUAAGAGUAAAUCCAAAGAUCAAGAACAGUCCGUCUCUAGAACGUCAAGGGUGGAAGGCCAAGGACAGAAAAAAGCACUCAGCUCCCCAAGUCAGUGUCCUAAACUUCUCUCCAAAAAAACCACACCGACUGGUAGCCCUAAAUCCACCAGAACAUCUGAGAAGAUCAGGGUUACUUCUUGUAAAACUGACCAACCAACUGUGUCCAGUGUGUUAAAGACAAAUUCCAUUAACACCACCAAAGAAGAACUCAAGCCUUCCAAGAAGGAACAAGUCUCGGACCUAAAGGAGCAAGUCUCAAAAUCAGAGGUCAUGGUCAUCAACACUCAAAGAACUUUCAUUGAGGUACGACUUUCAUCCUCUUCAUCGUCUACACCUGUGCUGACACGCAAGGAAGUUGGGAAUGCAAGUCAUUUAAGCUUGGCUUCUGUGUCCGUGGAUCAAGUCCAGUGGGAGGAAUCAAAUUCUGACUCCUCUCUCGGAAGGCACAAAAUCCCACUAGAUUCAACAAAUUCUUUGUCUAUUGGUUUGCACCAUAAUGGUACCAAUAAAUCAAAUGAAACGUCUUUUAAUGGCCAAGAAGAAAAUCACCUCAGGAACUCUAAUAAUAAAGAUGCUGCUAGUCACAAAACAAGCAUAUCCAAAUUGUACCUGAGAGGACUAGACCGCAGGAGCUGCUCUACCGACAUUAGUGGGUCACUUGACCCAAACCCCUUCUCAGUUCGUCAAAGAAUCCAGUCCUUUGAGAAUCUAGCCAGCUUUGAUCGAUCUAUCAUAAAGUGUAUAGACAUUCCAUUUUAUGCUAAUAACUCAAAGCCACCUCUGAACCGGAGGUUAUCUGGGUAUGCUGGAUCUGUUAGCAGUCAAUCCGGUGACAGUCGUUCUUUGAGGAGGAGUUUCAGCUCUUGUGUAGACCAUUUAAGCUCAACUCCAUCUUCACCAUACCCACAGAAUUCAGCUUCCACUUCAGUUGUCACCUUCUCUGAAUCAACUCCUCAAAAUCAAACCACCGAAGCUGUUAUAAAAGAGCAGGUGAGAAAUGAGGCCUCUGUGAACCAGCCUGCUGUACACACACCACCAGUACUGCGCUCCCGCAAUGCCCGCGCUCAUGGAGGCCUGUCACGCUCCAAACUGAGAGAGAUAAAGGCACUGAGCAUGCCUGAACUGGACAAGCUGUGUACUGAGGAUUUCACCAGCGACCCUGGAAAUGUGGUUUUUAAGACGGAGCUGGAGAUUUACCCUUGCAGGUCCAUAGACCCAGCAUCACCCAACCUGCAGUGCACCGUGGUGACCAGGAUGAGCAGUGUUGAUGCUGGGAUUCCUGGUUCAACUAGUAAUGGGGACCAACACGAAGGCCAGAUCACAGGGCUCUCAUGCUGGUCUAUAAGAUUGAAAGAUCUCGAAUCUUCUCCUUCGGACCAAAAUAGAGUGCAAGAUGUUUUGUGUUCCCUGACAACCAAAUUGAAUGUGACAAGUCUCAUACAGGAAACAAGCACUCUUUCAGAGGUUAAAGAUGACAUUUACUUUGUGGUCUUAACCAAAGAGCAAGGAUCUGGACUGGGUUUCAGCAUCGCUGGAGGAGUAGAUCUGGAGCAGAAAUCUAUUACUGUCCACCGGGUGUUCACUCGAGGGGUGGCAGGUGUAGAAGGUACCAUUCACAGAGGAGACAGAGUUUUGUCAAUAAACGGGACCAGCUUGAGUGGCAUCACACACGCAGAGGCGCUGUCCUGCCUUCAUCAAACCAGACUCCCGAAGCAAGCGUUAGUGAUCAUCCAGAAGAGCAAGAACACUGAGCCAACAUCACCUAGACGAGAACUUCCUCUUCAGACUGGAAUCUGUCCUACUCCAGGCCAUAGAGACGACCUCAGAGAACAUAAAACAAGUGUGGAAGUGGGGCCAGACGGGGCUUUGAGUGUGGAGUUACAGAAGACUACAGCCGGUUUAGGGUUCAGUCUAGACGGAGGCAAAGCAUCUGCCCAUGGAGAUCGACCUCUUUACAUCAAACGCAUCUUCCGUGGAGGAGCUGCUGAACAGUCCCGGGUCAUUGACGUCGGAGAUGAGCUCCUAGCCAUCAACGGCAGGUCUUUGCAGGGCCUUAUGCACUACGAUGCCUGGAACAUCAUUAAAACCGUCUCUGAGGGUCCCGUCCAGUUAGUCAUCAAAAAACCCAGGACUUCAGUAUGACGUUUGAUUUAUCUGCACGUGUUGCACGUUUGUGAGAUGCCAAACUCUGGUGGACUCUCAUUGUACGUAGACUUUACUUUUUAUAUAUAUAUAUAUGUUUGUUACAGGAUCUCUAUGAUGAAGAAUUUGUUGCACAUUGAUUUUUAUACAAACCAAUGCUUCUGCGGAUUUGUGGUAGACUCACAUAUGCGGGCUUGAGGUAUUUUUAGUAUGUCUUAGAACUUUGUAUCUUACGGACUUUGUGCAUUAUGACUUUUUGAAGACAUUUAUGCCUAAUUGUGAGAAUUCUAAACGAUACAGUAACUGUUUCCCUUGUAAAAUAUAAUUUAAUGACAAUAUUGUGGAAAUUGUUUUAUAUGUAUAGCUAUGAUUAUGUGGUGAUGAUGCAAACCACUAGAGCGUGUUCACUCUGCUUCGUCUAAUGGAUCACAGUAGAUCAGCAUAGAUAUCAAACUCUAUGUGAACCAUAAAAUUAGCUUUUGUUUUGAACUGGUUUAUAACUUUAAAAUGGAUUUGUUGAAUUGAUUUUUAUUUUUUUUCCCCGUUAUCACAGUAACUGGUAUUUGUAUUCUUCCUUUUUGAUGAUUGCAAUUUUGGGGUGUUUUGGUAUUGACUUAUUUUAAAGUGUGUAUUUUUCAGUGCCACUAGCAAACAGAUUUGCAGAAAUUUCCUAAACACUCCUAUCUUCCCCAUCUGUACAGAAAAACAGGAAGCUACACCCCGGUCUCACAUUAUUGGUUGAAGCGCAAGAAAAAAGAAAAUGAAAAAAAACGAACACUGUGACAGACCCAUUGCGUUUACACUUGCUUCACGUUUAAAUACUUGAAUUCAAUCUGGUUAUUAACAUAUUUCAAAUUCAAUCGUAGAUUCACCUUAGCACACUUUAAUUAGAAUCAUGACAUUUCAGGUCUUGUGGUUAUGUUUGAUCAUAUUCUUUCAGCUGUGAAUAUUGUCAUGUUUACCAUCUGAGACUUUCAGUUGUCUCCCUAAUAAAAAAAAAAGAUAUAUAUAUCAGUGAUGUUGUUAUAUUUUACUUGAACUGUCUUUGUGUAAAUAUUGAGGCUCCCACUGAUUUUAUUGUAAUUUAAUUUUGCUGAGUAUUAAGCACAAGUGUAUUAACUAUAGCAGAUGAAAAAAGCAAUCAUGAUUAUUUCUUUUGUCAAUCUGACUUUUUGUUCUGCCCUUUGUGAAUAAAGACAUCAGAUAUUUUUUAAA